UCUAAAUGUGUCAGAAACCGCCAACAACUUUCGGUUAUUGUGACAGGUGCAGACCUAUCUGUUUAAUAUCAUUGCGGCACGCGAUAUGUUUCAUAUAAAAUUAUCAUGCAGUGGUUCUUUCGUGGCAAGGAACAAGGGAAAUUAUUCGAAAAGAAAUCUGAAAUCAUUCGAAAAGAAAAAGUUUCUUCGUCUUACAGCGUCUGUCGCAGAUUUCUGACGUGACGAUAACUCGCCGUGUCCUCUUAGCGUAUAGUAGCUUGUCAACGUGGAGGCUUCUCUUCCCGGUUGAGCGAGUUCUCUUCCUGGCCGAGCGUUUCUUCCGAGUCGCAUCCGAAUCACGUCUGGUCACGUCUGGCGUAGCCCGUAGCCGUUCGGCCGUUUCUCCGUUCGCAGCAGCAGCUAAAUCAGCCGUCUAUGAGGCUGCGGCAUCUUCCGAGAUUUACGACCACUAAACGCGUAAGGCAGGAGUCAGGAGUCAGGACGCGUUCGUGCUCCGCUCGUUAAUUGCUGUUCGCUGUCGACGACGCACUUCGCUCACUCGCUCGCUUACUCGUUUAUUGCUUGUUCUUCUUCCUUUGUUUUGGCCUUGGUCCCCAACUCGGGCCCGUGUCACGGAGUUCACUUAGCCAGUGAUAUUUCAGAGACAGCACUCGUUUCGUUCGUUCGUUGUAGCUCGGUCGUUUGUGUUGUCAACGCGCCGCCUGUCGGCUGACACUCGCAACUUGCCAAGGCUGCGACCUGCGUUCGGAUUUAACAUUUUUACAUGCUUUGAGCAUCCCUAAAUAACCUCGCAUGCCAGCACAUUGUACCAAUGUAUAACACAGUCAAUAUGCAGCCGUUAUUGUGUCAUUUUGUACGAUAAAGCAGAUGAUGUUUGCAUAGUACUGUCGAUUGAUCACGAUGUGUAGUCGAAAUUUUAGGUCUGAUUACUGGCGUUUUUACAAGCACAAUAUUCGCACAGCAUGCAGAUCGCGAUAUGCUGUCAGACAGAAGUUACGUCAGAUGAGGAGUUGGCUAGCUAUCAUAAUGUACUGGCAUCGUGGCAAAUAUUUUAUCCGAGCGCCUCUUUAUCGUUCAUUAUGAAUUCGAUUGAAUGCACUCGGUGUGUACUGGUGCACAUUAAAGCCAUGAUACAUACACACAAAUUGAAAAAUGUGUUUAAUAUAAAAUCCAAUUAAACACUUGAGAGAUGCUCAUAAAAGCUUAAUACAUUUUAUUGCGAUGGUUAAGUAAAAAUCUGUAUUUUACAAUUCGAAAUAUUUAUAUUUUAUUUUUACACACAGUUAAAUCAGUGUAUAAUUGGCUACAUAAAAUAAGAGUAUAAGCAUAAAAGCGAUGAAAGCAUUUAAGGCGAACGCAACUAAUAGCACCGACUUAAGUUGGCCUGAUGAUGUUCAUUGCUCUAUCAAUAAUAGAACAACGUUUUUAAUUUAAUUUCCCAGGUCGGUGCAAAUUCGUUCAGAACUCAUAGCGAAAAUGCAACGUUCGCUGAAAUUGCCAAUUGCAAAUCGCUCGGCUGCGCAAACGUCAGCAGUGAGUGAGCGUUGCGUUCGACGCUCCUCGCGUCUCGCCUGCUGCAACGGCCGACGGCCCCGACAGCGCUGUGCGCGCAGGUUGCGCACGCCCGCUCUGCGCAGUGCGCGGAACCGUCCGUCACCGUCGCGUCAGGUGCGUGCUCGAUAAUCACGAUAUUUCGCGACAAUCGCGAAGACCGUGCCACGCCGCGUCACGCGUGUUGUAUGGAACAUCCGAGGCCGCGAAUUUCCCACAGACACUGGCAUUGAUGGUAAUGCAUGCGAGGAAACCUCAAAGGAUCAGCGAUGGGUACUUCGAAAAGCACCAGGCCCAUCCCUAUCAGAACGCAAAGUACAGCAGUUCUAAGGGUGGCUAUUCCUCCUCGACCACGUCAUCGGACAGUCGCUACGAAGGACGUAUGCGCGACUCUCCAAAUGGUAACUCUUACAGUCCAGCUGGCAGCUUGGGAAUGGGCAUGGGGACGGACCGGGACAGCCCUCGGAAUUACACAUCCAAGCCUCUUUACAAGAAGGAGAGAGAAAAUAGAGACUAUAAACUAUCCUCCUCUAGGGACAAGUAUUCCGAUUGUGCACGAUCCCUAAAAGACAAGAGAAGCCGUGAGAGCAGGGAUUCAGAACACAGGACCAACCACGAUAGGAGUAGUGGGGAGAUCUUACAUCCCUUAAAAUUAUCAUCAAAUUCAUCAAGGGAAUCUUCAUCCCAGAGAAAACCAUCACAUAAUUCUUGUCAGGAUAAACGUGGUGAUGAGCGAGGAGGUGCAACGGAACGGACAGCCAGAUUUGGCGAUUGGUCCGAACACAUGAGUUCGUCAGGAAAGAAGUAUUAUUAUAACUGCAAGACGGAGGUUUCUCAAUGGGAAAAACCACGGGAAUGGAUCAGUCGGACAGAUAAUCGUCAACGCCAAUCUAGUGACUACUCUUCUAGGUCAAGUCAUGAUAAACAUUCCAACUCGCGAUCAAAUAGCAGUAGCAGUAUGCGAGAUGGUAAAUCGUCGCGACAGUCUGACAAACGAGAAUACUGGAGUUUAUGUAGUGCGAGCGGUGGCGGCAGUAGCAGAGAUGAUGUUUCUGCAAGGGAGAGAGAACGGGAAAAAGAACGGGAAAGAGAACGAGAACGAGAACGAGAGCGAGAACGUGAACGUGAACGAGAACGAGAACGGGAAAGAGAAAGAGAAUCUAGAGAAUGUAGAGAAGAAGUUAGUGUAGAACGCCAAACUCAAGAUAUGGAUAUCUCGCCAGGUGAUUCUACACCCACUUCGGAACCUUUAACGUCAUCCUGCGCUCAUGAUCCACUGCCACAAGGCCCUGUUCUCCUGGCCGCUGCGUUACCUCGAUUAACAUCACAUCCAUCGUCAACGACACCACAGGCAACUGGAAAACUUAGUUCGCCAACGCAACAACAGGGAAGUAGUAAUGCUCCGGGACCACCGGUGUCACUAGCAAAUCUCCCAAGACUACUAUCACAAAUUACGGGCAACAAAGAACAACCUGACAUCACACCACAGAAAGCAUUACAGACAAUUCAAACAGCUAUCUUGCUAUCCCGACAACAGUCUGUUAGUGGAGAUCGAACUAAUACUGGAAGUGAUGUGAUGGUUCCAUUAAAAGUUGAUACAAGUGGCAAUAUUACCAGCGAGGGUCCACCUACUCCUACACAUUCAGAAACCCAGGAUUGUAUUGAUGCGCGAAAAUUGACAAGUCCUGGAGGAACGAAUUCCGGAGUACAAGGUCUAAGCUCCUUGCAAAGUCUCAGUACAUUAGGUUCCCUUGGAAAUUUGAGUAAUACAGGAGGUUUACAGGCAUUGUCGAGAGUGCAGCCUCCUUUAACACCUUCUUUAACACCAUCUCUCGCUAAUCAUUAUCGGGAAGACUUGACACAGCAUGUGCGUGCUUUUCCCGCUGAUAUUCUCGAAAAACAGGCACAGAAACUUAGUGAGGAAGCACAUACAAUGGGCAGUUUACAAUGUACGAGAGUGUCCGCAGAAUUGAAGACGGCACGAUCGAUAGUGAGGCUGACAGAAAUUCAGGCAACGUUACAGGAACAAAGGAUAUUAUUCCUCCGUCAACAAAUUCAAACACUAGAGGAGUUAAAAUCCCAAAAUUCCUUCAUGUCUGACGAUUCUUAGUGUAAGAAUCUUUAUAAAAUAAUUAUGAUUACAAUCUAUAAUUAAUUCAAGCAAAAUAAAACAUGAUUAUUAAUAUUCUCAUUAAUAUUGAAUAAUUAAGAUUGUACCUAAAUUAUAAUAUCGUAAUAGAAGUGAUAUAAUAGCGAAUGAACAUGGGCUGCUUAGAGAGGAUUGGCUGUUUCAUUUAUCAGCCAACGAGUCUUAAUAAGUAAUUAAUGAAUUUAUUAGUGAAUCCACCUCUCUGAGAAGCACAUCAGGCCUAUCCAAUACAAAUAGCACAGCAGUGCUUGCAAAGCUUGAUUAUAUGCGCUUUUUUAGCGCUUUGUUAACGCUUUGUAAGCGCUGUGCGCUACUUGGGAAGUCGCAAACACAACACUAAAUGAUUAGAAAAACGAAUCAAUUUUAUCAGUUCAAUGCAAACUACUGAAUUGUAUAUCUGAAAUUGUCCACAUCGUCUUGUAUUUACCUAUGUUAUACGUGUCAAUGUUUCAUAUCCCAAGAUUAAGCGGCAUUUUAACUAGUUGAAACAUUUUUGUUGUAAAUCUCGGAAUAAAAUUCGUGCCACAAAUUUUAAUACAGUUCUUUAUCAGCCAUAGUAUCUCACUUACCUAAUCUCCUGAAUUUUUCGUUGAGAAAGGGAGAGAAUCGCUUUUAGAGAACUUAUAUUAAAUAUAUUUACAUUAAAUAUGAGACA